AUGAUAGGUAUUAAGGCUCAUGUUUUCCUUUUUAUCACAAUAUUAUUCAAUUUAGCUUAUAGUAAAAAUAUUUCUAAAUCAAACCCAGAAGAUGAUUCACUAGUCAAAGAUUUACUAGCUUUAGUGCGUGUAGCUAGAGAUGUUAAUAAAGAUGACACCGUAUUCAGAAAAACUAGAGAUAGUAGUAAAUACUAUGAGCAAAGCUAUAAAGGAGAUAGAUCAUUGAAACCUGAAGAUAAUGCUGAAGAUGAUAGAGACAUCAAAACUAGCACAGCUUUAGGAAAACGAUGCACCACGUGCGAUAAUGGAUAUUUGAGGCCGUCAUACAAUAGAGGCCGUGAAAAUUACAACGAUAGAGACCCGUAUAGAGGCAGAUACGAGCCUUAUGACAGAUACGAUAGAUACAAUGAUAGAUAUGACGAUUACGAUAGAGAUACCAGAGGAAGAACCAGAUAUUCAUCAACAUCUUAUGACAGAUACGAGCCAAGAGAUCGUUAUUAUGAUAGAGGCUAUGAAAAUAGAGGCUACGAUUACUACAGCCCUUAUAGUAGAGACAGAGGCUAUGAUGCCUACAGCCCUUAUGACGACUACUAUAGCCGAGGCUAUGAAAGUAGAGGCUCAAGACCUGAAUAUAGUGGAGGAAAUAGUUACGCUAGAGGAUAUAGCUAUGGAGGUGAUAGAGAUCGCUAUGGAGGCUAUGGAGGUUAUGGUACUGGCUACAGUACUUACGGUUCUGGCUCAAGAUCCAGGUAUCCUUCCUACGAUUACGAUUCCGGUUACAGAUCCACCAGCUACUUAUAUGGACGACCAUCAUCUACUACAACUGAUAAUCCAAAAAAUUCCGAUAGCGACCAGAGCAAUACAGCUAAUCCAGUACAAGGAAGUUCAUCGGGAAGGAGCAAAUAAUAAUUUGUAAUUGUUUAAUUUGAUUUUAGUUAAUAACAUAAAACUGCCUUGAUAAUUUUAUAUUUAAUAUUUAAUUCAAUUAGUUUUCUUCAACAUCUAUUCAAAUCUAUACACAUAAAAAUCAAUGUUUGUUUGUUUGUCCCUUAUGCGCUCCUACACCACUUAUACGAUUUCGAUAAAACUUUAGUAGAUUGUUCUGGCCAUCCCAAGGAAGGUUUCUGGAUAGGUUAAGCAUUUUUACGAGGGUGCGUGCAACAUAGGUCUGCGGACCGCGAACCAAAAAUUAUUUGAGCUAUUAAACUUUUACACAGAUUUAUAGAGAAUUUGAUGUUCUUU